AUGGGAAACAUAGUUGUCUCAAAAGUUUUAUAUCCUCUACCAAGCCUUGGUAUUUCUACUGUGUCCUGGUAUUUCUACCCAGUCCUGGUAUUUCUACCCAGUCUUGGUAUUUCUAAUUCAGACAGUUGUCUCGAAAGUCCUUUGACCUCUACCAAGGCUUGUGUCCCACCAGUUAAUAAUGAUUAUGCCAGUGUCCCACCAGUUUACAAUGAUUAUGUCAGUGUGCAAUCAUUUAACAGUGAUUAUGCCAGUGUCCAACAAGUUUAUAAUGAUAAUGUCAGUCUACCACAAGUUUACAAUGAUUAUGUCAGUGUACCACAAGUUUACAAUGAUUAUGUCAGUGUACCACAAGUUUACAAUGAUUAUGUCAAUGUCAGUGUGCCACAAGUUUACAAUGAUAAUGUCAGUGUGCCACCAGUUUACAAUGAUUAUGUCAGUGUACCACCAGUUUACAAUGAUUAUGUUAGUGUAUGGAAAGUCUACAAUGAUAAUGUCAGUGUACCACCAGUUUACAAUGAUUAUGCCAAUGUACCACCAGUUGACAAUGUUUAUGUCAGUGUCCCACCAGUUCACAAUGACUAUGUCAGUGUGCCACCAGUUUACGAUGAUUAUGCCAGUGUACCACAAGUUUACAAUGAUAAUGUCAGUGUACCAUAUGUUUACAAUGAUUAUGUCAGUGUACCACCAGUUUACAAUGAUUAUGUCAGUUUACCACCAGUUUACAAUGAUUAUACCAGUGUCCCACAAGUUUACAAUGAUUAUGUCAGUGUGCCACAAGUUUACAAUGACUAUGUCAGUGUGCCACCAGUUUACAAUGAUUAUGUCAGUGUACCACCAGUUUACAAUGAUUAUGCCAAUGUACCACCAGUUUACAAUGAUUAUGUAAGUGUCCCACCAGUUUACAAUGAUUAUGUCAGUGUACCACAAUUUUACAAUGAUUAUGUCAGUGUCCCACCAGUUCACAAUGACUUUGUCAGUGUACCACCAGUUUACGAUGAUUAUGCCAGUGUACCACAAGUUUACAAUGAUAAUGUCAGUGUACCACCAGUUUACAAUGAUUAUGUCAGUGUACCACCAGUUUACAAUGAUUAUGUCAGUUUACCACCAGUUUACAAUGAUUAUACCAGUGUCCCACAAGUUUACAAUGAUUAUGCCAAUGUACAACAGUUUACAAUGAUUAU